CGGGAGGAGCAGCGCAUUCACUCGGUGUCUUCGGCGGACGGACAUGGAUGCUCGAGUGCCGGGGGGACGUGGCGCCGAAUCGCAAGCCGACAAAGCCGAGAUCCUGUCAGAACUGAAGGGAAAAGAACCGAUCUCAGCCCUGAACCUGUCCCGGCUGCUGGGCUGCACGAAGGCGGCCGUCCAGCGCUGUCUCUACCAGCUCUCCGAGGAGGGCAGGGUGCAGAAGGUGGGAGAGAAGCUUUGGAAGUUAGCUGAGGAGGACGAGGUGAAUGGGAACACCGGUGAGGAACGAGGGCCACCUCCAAUAGAAUCGCAAGCCGACAGAGCCAAGGUCCUGUCAGAACUAAAGGGAACAGAACCGAUCUCGGCCCUGAACCUGUCCCGGCUGCUGGGCUGCAAGAAGGCGGCCGUCCAGCGCUGUCUCUACCAGCUCUCCGAGGAGGGCAGGGUGCAGAAGGUGGGAGGGAAGCUUUGGAAGUUAGCUGAGGAGGACGAGGUGAAUGUGAACACCGGUGAGGAGCGAGGGGCAGGGUCGAGAGUAGGUCCUGCGGUCACCUGGAAUGAGGUGGGAGGGGAGAGAAGGAACUCGGGCCAGUCCCAGACAAACGUGACCAAUUUCUUCGUCCUGGGAAAUUUGAACACUACCUACCAGCAAGCGGGGACCACCUCCAAUUACAUCACCACCCACGUGCAAGGAGGAGCGAGCUACGUACAGGUGGGAUCAGGAAACAUUAUGCAAGGGGAAGGCAGCAACAUGCCGUGGAGAGGAGACCCUGGGGACAACGCCCAGACAGACUGUUGCUCUCCCUCCAAUUUGCCAGGAGAUCCCCGGGGCAGUGCCGAAGACCAAGAGAGUAAUGUGACUAUCAUCACUGAAGAGCUGAUGGGUUUGCAGAUUGGGAAUGCCAAUGUCAUCAUUAACCAGGCAGAUAUGGCCGGUGACAGCUAAUGGGUCUGUCCAGCAGCCAAUCGAGCCAUCUAGCCUCUCAGUUUUUCAAAUGCAGUGCUCUCUGCAUCGUGGGAAGGGCUGGCAGAGGGGUCUCCGCAUCGUGGGAAGGGCUGGCAGAGGGUUCUCUGCGUCGUGGGAAGGGCUGGCAGAGGGUUCUCUGCGUCGUGGGAAGGGCUGGCAGAGGGGUCUCUGCGUCGUGGGAAGGGCUGGCAGAGGGGUCUCUGCGUCGUGGGAAGGGCUGGCAGAGGGGUCUCUGCGUCGUGGGAAGGGCUGGCAGAGGGGUCUCUGCGUCGCAAGGGGUUAUGGCGGGGAGGGGAGCACCAGACCUCAUUAGUUCCUCUUACCGCAUCCAACACUCUUGCCCUUUGCAUCUACCUGGUAGUGUGGCGGGUUCUGAAGCCUUCAUGGUAUCGGAAUUUGGGGUGGGGAAUUCAGGAACUGAGGGUGUGUGUUGGAGGUUAGGAAGGUAGUGGAAACCUCCAACCUGGCCUGGCCCACUAAACCUCAGGACCUACAGCACAUAAGCGGGGGUGCGGGGGGAGAAGGAGAUCUCUGGAAUUGAAGAGAGGACAAAGCCAGAAGAUCACACAACGGAGAAGAAUUAGGCCCAGAGCCAUCAAUUGUCAUGACUGCUUCCCAGUCGAAUCCUGGCUGAACUUUUCUCUGUGUUCUGUUAAACUCCUUCUCCCCACCACCUCCUUAACAACUGAGAACCCGUCGUUCUCAGUCUCAGUCCCCAGAUACAUCCUGAAGGUGGCAAUGAAUUCCACCCUCAGCCUGAUGAAAUUGCUUCUCAUUUUUGUUUUAACCUUAUUCUGAGGUUUGCCCUCUGGUCCUAGACUUCCACAUGUAAAGGGGGUUUCUUCUUUUUUUCUUUGUUACUGUUGGGAAAGGGCUUCUUUGUUUUGUUAAAAGCAGGAACGUUUCUUUGUUGCGAGAGAGUGCUGGAAGCUUGUUUGUUAAAAUUUACUGAUAACGAGAAUGGUAUUCCUUUGUAAACCAAAUAGGGAUUAAUGUUCUUUCUUGAGUCUGUAAGCUUUUGUUGACGGGCUUUUGGGGAGAUCGGCAUGAGGGGGUCGAGAGAGAGGACGCAAUGCUGUAAGCUGGGCGAGGAUCCGAGGCCGGGAGGUACUCCAAGGAGGGGGGAUGAAGCUAGAUGUGCUUGGGUGACCACUCGGAGGGUCCUGAGCUGUUUGGACAGUAGAGGAGUUCGGAGGGUCCUGAGCUGCGAGUCGAGGAGUUCGUUGGGGAUCAAAUGGUGGCCAGAAGACUUCAGUAAUUGAGCUCCAACUGUAGUGCACGAAGUGGUUUGGACUUUGAUAAGUUUGGCGCCUGUUCUUUAUUUUUUCUCUUCAUAUAUACUGUAUCGUUAUUAAUCACUUAGUUAUAGUAACCUUUAUAAAUUGUACUCAUUUAAUCGCUUAUGGUGUACUGUCUGUUUUUGGGCGAGGCGGGGACAUCACACAGCAUCCACACCAGCGGAUUACCCAGUUUGGCGGGGCCGAAGGCUGCUCCCCCUAGACGAGAACGAGCUGAGCGAGCCUGAGGCGACCCAGGGGGUUACACACACUAUCGGAAAUACCCUCUCCACAUCCACUCCAUCUAGUAGUUUCAAUGGGUUUCCCCUCGUACUUCUAAGUUCCAGCAAGAACAGGCCCAGAGCCAUACAUUCAUCAUCGUCGUUAGGUCGCAUCUGGAAUUUCCAGUUGGUGGACGAUUUCCCUCCACGCCACUCUGUCAUAUUGGGAAAUCAUGUUCAUGGCAGGUUACAGCAAUGGUUUGCCUUUGCCCACUGCCCGGUGAGUUUAAAGAGAUCAAUACCUCCUGCAGUGGAUGACCAGGACGUCUAGGUGCCUUGUUGUGCCUCCUAGCGCUCCACUGCCGCCUGCUGGCCUGCCUUCUUGACCAUUGGGCCGUUAAUCAGUCUCCUCCGCUCGAUCCGCCAUGGCCAGACUUCGUGUGCUGGGACGGGCGGAUCCCCUACCGAGGUUCGAAGACCUGCCCUCACCUGGUUUGGCCCGUCUGCUGAGACGGUUUACUGGGGUGUGGCCGCUGCGGGUGUUACGGCUACUUGGAGCCACCGGUGAGAGCUGAGCGCCCGGUGUGGACCAAAGGUGGACAAGCUGCCCUGAAAAAAGGCACUGCAGGCCCCCCUCACCAGAGAUGCUACCGCUCCUUAGACACCCCAUACACCCCCCCCCAUACAUUAACUCUUUCGCUCCUGGGAUCAUUCUCAUAAACCCAUCAUUCUUGUGAUGGUC